CUGGGAUUAGGACAUUUCACUGUGGAUUAAACUCUCUUGGUGCAAGGAGGAAAGAGUCGCACCACCAGAAGGACUCUGGACUCAGGUUCCAGAAUGUUCCAGCUGCUCCGCGGUCACAUCCAGCCAAGCAGGCACCAGGGUCGCAAAACCCGCCUGGUCACCAAAGACGGGCGCUGCAACAUCGAGUUCGGCAACAUCCACAACCACUUCACCUACCUGGUGGACUUCUGGACCACCUUUGUGGAGAUCCGCUGGCGCUUCGUGCUCCUCCUGUUCGUGGCGUCCUUCACCGGGAGCUGGUUCAUCUUCAGCCUGCUGUGGUACUGGAUCGCCAAGAGCAACGGUGACCUGGUAGGACAGCCCGGCGCAGACGGCCACGUCACGUGCAUCGCCAACGUCAACAGCCUGACCACGGCCUUCCUCUACUCGCUGGAGACGCAGACCACCAUCGGCUACGGCGGCCGGGCCCUGACGGGGCAGUGCCCCGGCACGGUGGCCGUCAUCGUCCUGCAGUCGGUGGUGGGCGUGUUCAUCAACAGCUUCAUGUGCGGCGUCAUCCUGGCCAAGAUCUCGCUUCCAAAGCGUCGAGCCAAGACGGUGAGCUUCAGCGACAUGGCCGUCAUCUGCCUCAUGAAAGGGAAGCUCUGCCUCCUGAUCCGCGUGGCCAACCUCCGCAAGACUCUCCUCAUCAGCAGCCAGAUCUACGGCAAGCUGCUGAGGACCACCACCACGCCCGACGGAGAAACCUUCAUCCUGGACCAGCUGGACAUCAACUUCAUGGUGGACGCCGGGAAGGACAACCUGUUCUUCGUUUGUCCUUUGACCCUCUACCACGUCAUCAACCGCUCCAGCCCCUUCUACGAGCUGUCGGCCGACACGCUCCCCCAGCAGGACUUUGAGCUGGUGGUCUUCCUGGAUGGCAUCGCCGAGUCCACCAGCUCCUCCUGCCAGGUGCGGACCUCCUUCAUCCCGCAGGAGAUUCAGUGGGGACACAACUUCCUGCCCAUCAUCUCCCGCACCAAGACCGGCAAGUACAGCGUGGACUUCUCCAACUUCUCCAAAAGCGUGCGGGUGGGCACGCCGCACUGCGCCCAGUGCUUCGAGGGCAACCGGAACCACCACGUGAAGGAUGGUCAGAAGAACCAGCAGAAGAUGGGCAUCGACAACCUGGGCUUCCACGUCAUUGACAUUCACAACGCCGUGGACGUCACCAAGAUGUGAGGCGCCGCCGUGACGGCAUCCUUCUCUGGAUCCCAUCUCUUCCUGGGGGAAACUGGACAGCAUGCAAGUGUAAAAAGAAGCACUGUUGAAAUAAAAAAAAACAUCCAUCUUUGACGAUGAAGGAUUACUAUUAGACCUACUACUUGCGUGGAAAUGCAUCGCACUUAAAAAAAAAUCUUAGAAGUGUAAAAAGAAGGUAAGCAGAUCCAAAUAGAAUCCCUGUCGGAGCUUUACUAAAUCCCACUACUACAGUAGGAAUUCUUGUGAUGGUCACGAGGAUCAGUAACGUUAUGAUACACGACCUAGACUACGUUACCUGUCACACUGCAUGGAGGCCGGGCCGACGUGCCAUGACUGAAAGGACCCUCUCAACUUGUGUGGAAGUGGUGAAUUCUUUGAACUGUUUGAAACACUGUUUGGAGAGGCUAACUAGUUUUUUUAUCUCCAGGAAGAGGUCUCAUCGCCCGCACAAAGAAUAAUAGGAAUGGAAAGGUGUUAUUUCAUCUCUUUGGUUCCAAUAAUAAUAAUAAUAAUAAUCUAUAUUUAGAAAGUCAUAACUACAUUGAAUCCUACUUUGUUGAAAUUCAGUUAUCGUGGGCGGCCUAUUAUUAGUCAAAAAUGCAUAUUUAAGCAAAUGUUACGCAUCGUUGGCCUACAUGAAGCAUUUUCAAGCGUAAAAAAGUUCUAGUCUAGUGUAGUACACUUGGCUCAGCCAUUCCGUGCUGAGCAGCCAGGUUGUUUACAGCUUUUGGAUUGUUUUACAGGUUCUAUGGCUAUCGUCACACUUGUCCGUAGCCGUAACAAAAAGCUAAUCUGACCAGCAAAUUCCUGAUGGUUGGACUUCGGACGUUGUGAAGGAUUCUGAGCCAAGUGUGCAUUAAAAUGAAAAAAGGGGUUCAAGUGGUGUUUGGCACAGUAGGAGAUUAAGCUCUGAGCCUGUUUUAAUGAAAAACUACAUCGUGGGGGAGGUUCAAAUAUAAAAUAAUAUCAUCACAGCCUUUUAGCACUUUGUCAUUAAACACUGAAGUCAUCCUGACAGAUCUGCUAAAUGCAACCAUUGUGGUUACACAAUAAAAACAUUGAUUUCCACAAUAAAGUCUCGCUUAUUUUAUGUUUUUUUAUGAAGCUUGAUUCGAUUUUUGGUCAUUCAAGUGGCUAAAGUACUACAUAAAUAACACGAGUGGCCACUAGAGGGCAUUGUAACACGGCUAUCAUUUUGAUAGCGGGGGACGUGUUGACAACUGGCCACUAGAGGGCAUUGUAACACGACUAAGUGUGAUAGCGGGGCACGUGUUGACAACUGGCCACUAGAGGGCAU